CGUAUUUCGAUGCGUAGGGGGUUGGGAAAGCCGCCAGCUGGCGAGCCGGCGAAAAAGAAACAAAAGGCAUCUUCACCAGCUGCUGCCUCGUCGGCAGCGCCCAUGUCUUUGCCGCGCCUCUGGGGGGACCGCAUUCGUGUCGUUCGCCCCUCUCCGUCGCUCACGCCGCCCCAGAUCAUUGGCCGUCUCGCUGACUUCGCCCAACAGCCGCCGACCAGUAGUGCCGCAUCGCCGACCAGCAGUGCCGCAUCGCAAGGGUCUUACGUCCUGUAUUGGAUGCAAACGGCUGUUCGAGGACACGAGAAUCCUGCGCUCGAUGUCGCCUGGAUGGCGGCACGACAGUUGGGCCUGUCGCUAGUCAUCUGUUCGUGUCUACUGGCGGGACAUCCUCAUGCAAACGACCGACGGUAAGAUCUGAGCCUCACAAGCCUCAAAGCAUCAACCCACCACUCGUUCGUUGUGCUACUAUGUGUGUGACCAGGUGGUCAUUCCUGCUUGAGGGCCUGCGCGACGCCGGUGACGAGUUGGAGAGGCGUGGAGGAGCCCUCUUCCUCCACAUCCAGCGCUCGGGCGGUUCGCCCGCCCACUCAUGGCAGGGGAUGCUGUCGCUCGCCCGCGGCGCCACCCUCACAGUGACGGAGGACAUGCCAGUCGAACCGCACAGGGGCUGGACAUUGGCCAUCACAGAGGCGCUCAACAGCCGCCAGCAAGAGCACGACAGCGGUGUGAUCGACCUUACGGACGAGCGCGACACCGUCGGCUCAUCUGGCGGGGGCCUCUGGGCGGUCGACACAGCGUGUGUGGUGCCGUGCAUCCAAGUGGGCCGGGCCUACGAGCGUGCAUUCGCGUUCAGAUCGGCGACGGCCGGCUAUCGGUCGGCAGCCAUGGGGAUGCUUCAGCGGUACAAUAAGUUCGACGGCAUUGGGCUGGGCGAUGUGACGCUGAGUGAGGGGCAGGUGGGGUGGAUGGAUGGCUGGGACGUCAUCAAGGCCAACUCACAGACACUCAGCAGCAUAGCUGAAAUCGUAGCAGACACGCCUGUUGAUCACACGGUCAGCACAAUGACACACAGACAUGCAGCCUGCAGGUAUCUCUUUGUUUGCGUGUGUCAUCCAUCCAUCAUAUUCAGGUGCCCCCUUCCCCUUCGCUGAGCGGUGGCGCUGCGGGCUACGCCCAGUGGGAGGUGUUCAAGAGCUCAGGACGGCUGAAGAAUUACGCCAAGACGCGGAACGACAUCCUCACUCCGGAUGGCGUGUCGAGACUCAGUCCUUAUCAUCACUGGGGCAUGGUGAGAACGACCAUAGAAUGGGCAGAGGGAUAUAUGCCACAGAGGAUCCAUCCAUCCAUGUAUCCAUCCAUCCAUCCAUUUGUGUCUUCAUACCCUGCCUGCUUGUGUAGGUGUCUCCCUUCCGCAUCGCGCGUGAGGGCGCGGCCGUCUACAAGUUUCAGGAUGAGUUCCUGGUCUGGCGGGAGCUGGCCUACAGCUUCUGCCACUACCGGUAUCCCCAGCACUCAACGCUCGAUGGGGUACCCAAGUGGGCGCGUGACACGCUGCAGCAGCACGCGGCAGAUGCACGCGAGGCGCUGCCGUUGGCGCAGCUGGAGGGGGCGUCGACCGGCGAUCCUGUGUGGGACGCUGCGCAGCGGUGCCUCAACAGACACGGAGAGCUGCACAACAACAUCAGGUCAGAUGUGCGCAGUGAGUCAGGCACAACAAACCAUGCAAAUGCUGUCAACGUUAUGUGUUUGCAGGAUGACUUGGGCGAAGGCGAUUCUGAGGUGGGCACCGACGCCCGGCGAUGCGCUGCAGUGGGCCAUCCAUCUCAACCACAAAUACGCCCUCGACGGAUGCGACCCAUGCUCAUACGCCGGCAUCCUCUGGUGCUUCGGACAGGUGCGACAGACAUACAACCACUGAAAACACAAAUCAGUCGUAAGUCUACUUGGACUGUGUAUGUCUGUGAUUCAGUUCGAUGGCCCCAAGUCACCGGAGCGGCCCAUUUUUGGCCGUGUGCGCGGAAGGCCGACCAGCAUCCACAACGCCAAGCUUGCCGGCUACCGGCGCAUUGUGGAUCGGGACACGUAUGGGGCGGCCAGGCGGACCCCGUGAAGUAAGCGAGCAACCGGG